CCCCAAGUAAAAGCAGAGAGCAAGGUAUGUGUUUGUGUUUUGAAUAAACAGCGGCACUUUGAGGUUAAGGAAGGAGCUACUGUUUAAUAAUUUUAAUUUAUUACGCUGAACAGGGAGCACAAGUCUCGCGGCGUGCUAUGCUGAUCGGUUACCUCUGUUCUUGCUCCUGCGAUGGAAGAUGCAGGCACCACAGUUUUCUACGACGACGAGGAGGACGAGUGUCUGGACUACGAGUGCUCGCGCAGCAAUGUCGAGUACGAUUACGAUUACGCGGACACGGAGAAGGAGACCCUUCACGAAUUAUAUCAGUAUUGUCUCGUUCCUAGUCUGUACGAUACCGGACGUUACGUACUGCCUCUGCUGGGUAGUACGAUUUUAUUUAGACUGUUUGUUCACACUGAAUACAUAUCACACAAAGUAUUUCAUACAUUAUCAGUCAUCAUAGGCUUAUAUAUUAUCCAACACUACGUGCAGGAAUCCUUAAUAAUAUUGAUAGUAUUUGUUCUAUUUUCCUAUGGUGUUUUACAUGUGCCAAAGAGAUGGCACAGAGGCACAGGGGUCUUUUUACCAUCCCUUUUGAUAAUUGCGUACUGUGAGUUAUCGAUGCAGCCAGUGAUAUGGCAUAGGAUACGCAGUGUGGUCAUGACCAUGGUGAUGAAAGCAAUUAGCGUCGCCAUUGACACGAGUAACUCGAAUGACCUGCCAGACGUUUACAGUUUCAUGGGCUACAUGUUCUGCGGUGUGACUUGUUUAUUUGGACCAUGGGUGUCGUUUAGAGAUUACUUGUCGCUGCGUUACUCGAGUAAUCAGAAUUGGAAAUGGUGGAUAUUAAGUAGCAUAGGAUUUGCCUUCCUUUCCUUCGUUUUCCUCAGCAUUUCAAAUUGCUGGACGCAGUGGAUAUUUGUAGAUAACUCUUGGAAGUGGCUAAUUGCGUACAGAGACGCAUUGUCCUUCAGAAUGUCUCACUACUUCGUUUCGUACUUAGCUUCGGCACUGCUAGUUCUGGGAGGAUUUCCCCUUUCGUCGUCGACGAUAGUCAAGCCCUUGUACAUCGAGUUCCCGCGCUCGCUUGUCCAGGUUGUCAUCUAUUGGAACAUUCCAAUGCAUUACUGGUUGAAAACAUACAUCUUCCGUCCUAGCAUUAAAAACUUGGGAAAGUUCGGCGCGGUGAUCGUCACGUAUCUGAUAAGCUCUCUUUUGCACGGAUUGAACUUCCAGUUGGCAGCUGUGUUACUUAGUCUAGGAUUUUAUACGUACGUGGAGUUUCAGCUCAGGGCCACGCUCGCCGAUACCUUCGACGCCUGCGUCGCGUCCAAGCAGUGCAACAAGAAAAGAUGCACGCACAGAUAUAACUCUUAUAACUUUUUGGUAUUCACGACGAACUUGCUGUUCUCCGGACUGGCGGUGUUUCAUUUAGCUUACUUAGGUCUCAUGUUCGACACGUCGGAACUCCAAGAAACAGGGUAUAGCUUUAGGCACACUAUCGACAAGUGGGCUGAACUCGGAUUUGCUAGUCAUUGGGUAGCAUUAGCUACGUACGGCAUUUAUCUUUUAACUAAGUAGCGAAAUUAUCUUUUUUGAAUUUUUUUAAUUUUCCUGCGAAAAACUCGUGUUCAAUUAUCCUUUUUUCAUAAAAAUAAAUUAGCUUAUGUAAAUAUGAUAAGCAGCUCGAUUUUAUAAAUAACUUUCCUUGGCACAGUUGAAGAAGUAACAUUAGGAUAUAAUUUUAUGUGUAAUCUCCAAUAUUCAAAAAAGGUAAAUAAAAUACAUAUUCUUUAUUGAGUAUAUAACACAAUAUAAAGUUCACUGUGUGUGAUCUAUAUAUAUACUUUAUAAUUUUUGUUUUUAUAAUUAUAUAUGUAGCACAUUUAGUAGUUUGUAAUUAUAAAAAAAGUUUACAAAGAGUAUUUUAAGUAUACAAUGUUAAAUAAUACUCUUUCGAUAUCUCGCAUCCUAAAUCUAAUAUUACAUUAAAUGUCACUUUUGUAAUGAAUAGAAACAUCUUUGCUCUAA